AUGGCAGGGCUUCUCGAAGAAGGUGAAUCGUUCGGGCAGUUCCUGCCACCAUUUGCUCAACACCUGAAAGAAAACAUCCUUCAAAAAUAUCCAGACAGCGGACAGAUCCUGAAGGAACUGAUCCAAAAUGCAGACGACGCAGACGCCACCGAGGUGUCCUUCCUGCUGGACCAUACAGACUACAACACACGCGGAGUCCGGUGCAGGUACCCUGAGCUACAGGAGUAUCAGGGGCCGGCCCUGUACGCCUUCAACAACGGAGUCUUCACCGAGCAGGACUGGGAAGGGAUCCGGGCCACCGAACAGGGAGCAAAACGGAAGGACCCGUUCCGGAUUGGGCGGUUUGGAGUUGGGUUCAACUCGGUGUACCAUAUUACAGAUCUCCCGAGUGUGAUGAGCGGGGACUACAUCCUCAUCCUGGAUCCUUUGUGCAAAAAGUUUUCCGGUGGUGGGCAGCGCUUUGAAAUCUCCAGCCUGUCCAACAAGUCCAGGUACGCAGAAUUUCUUCCCUUCUUAGACAAGCUAGGGCACUCCACACAUUACCCAAACACGCUGUUUCGUUUCCCCUUGCGCGCUGCCCCGUCCUACUUGUCAGACACCAUCUACACACCAGAGAGGAUGCAGGAGCGCUUCAGUGAACUACUUGAAGACCAAGACUGCCUCCUACUCUUUCUUAAGAACAUCGAAAAAGUGGCAUUCACCGAGAGAGAAAGCCCUGACAUUCCAGAAGAUGAACUCACCACGCUAACAAAAAGCCAAGAAAACCUUCCUGGAUGGAAAAGUUUUCUUCAGGAUGUUUCCGAUGGUGAAGUAGAUGUUGAAAUAUGUGAUAGAGUGACUACAACAAUAGAGUCAGGGAGUCAAAGAAUCAGCAACCAGUGGCUGGUCAAGAACAAGGUAUAUGAUGUAACUCGCUCUGCAGAACCACGACUGUUAGAGCAGCUCCGUGUAUUGCCCUGGGUAGGCGUGGCCAUGCCAAUCCACAACACAACGCAAGGACGGGUGUUCUGCUUCCUUCCCUUGCCUUCUGACCCGGAAAACGCCACAGGCCUGCCAGUGCACGUGCACGGAUACUUCGGCCUCAGUGAUAACCGCCGGAGUAUAACGUGGACGUCGUCCGACCAACAGGACCAAACGACAAGGUGGAACACAAUGUUGAUGACAGACCUCAUUCCAAGCAUCUAUGCUGAAUUGAUGGAGGAGGCGACUAACCUUCUCAAGAAUGAUUCACAGCUGGUUCUCCUGCCUUUGCGGAAAGAGAAAGUCUUGUACACAGACCAUCCAGGUGAGUCGCAACUCCCAUCGAGCAUUGUGCGAAUCCUCAGUCAACUUGGUUAUUACGUUAUUCCUGGCCGAAAGCCCUACUUCUUGGAACACGAUGACCUUGAAGACUACAUCGUCAACCCCACCCCUAGCGGGAUCCUGGCCCUUCUCCAUGGUCGAGAAGAAGAUGUCAAACAGUUCCUCAGCGCGAAGCAAAAAUUAGAACUCAGGUCUUUCCUGGCUAACGUGGAGAACGCGUCGUUGAGCAGACGUCAUGUUGAAGUACUGAAGAGUCUUCCUAUCCUGCAGUACAAAACUGACACCACGGAAUCAACUACUGCAAAGUUCAUCUCAGCAGGAGAGGCAUCCGCUGCAGCUCCAAGUGAUUCCCUGUGGCCUGUCCCUGAAGGACUCCCCGUGAAGCGAAAACUGUUGUGUCCGUAUGACUCAAGCUCACAGAAGAUCAUCAGGCUACUUGGAAUUCCUGAGCUUUCCACGGCCGAAUUCUUGCGCGAUGACAUAUUCUCACAGAUUCCAAGCCUACCUAACUCCAAAGUCGAAAAGCUCAUGACUUGGGUUCUUGAUCGACUGUUGCCUCUGAAGCAACAAAUGGGCAAGUUUAAGGCAUGUCUGAAAGAUAUCAGAUUUGUCCCGCUUCAGAAUGGUACAAGGGUGACGGUGCCCGAGCUCUUCUACCCAGGCAGUCAGAUGAUAAAGGACCUGUUCGCUGGAGAAAACGUUUUCCCAACUGGUACCUAUGGUGAAGAACGACGCUUGUCUCAGCUAAAAUCGCUGGGAUUGAAAGAAAGUCCAACCCGUUCUGACAUCAUCAGUUGUGCUCGGAAAGUUCCAGUUGUGAGAGACAACUUUGUCAAGGAGAGAAAAGCCAAGGCAGUGUUGCAUUACAUUAACACGUAUGCUCAUGAGUUUGAAGAGGAUGAGGUGGAAAUGCUUGGAAAAGUUGCUUGGGUUCCUUGUCAGCAACAUGCACCAGAUGCAUACCCCGUCGGGUUAAAAUGGUACGCUGGUGAAAAUAAGGUCACCGCCACUCUAGCAGAUGUCUCCAGUAAGACAAUGAAUAUUCUUGUUGGAUCCACGAUGCCCAUACUAGAUGGGGAUCCUUCUGAAGAUUUUAAGUCCGCAUUUGAGUGGCCCAAACCACCGCCAACUACCAAGGUUGCCCAGCAUCUGCAAUCAGUCAUCCAAGCAUACAUGUCUAGCACACCAACCAGAGGCCUGGGGAUGCUAGACAUGGCCAUUCAGAUUUACCAGUACUUUGCUGACAGACAAGUGACUCGUGAACGUCUUGAAAAGAAAUUUUCUCGUUUCGGCCUGACAGAUUGGGUCUGGAACGGGAGUGCCUUCACGUCCCCUGAGAGAGUUGCCGUCAGCUCAGAUAUAACCUUCGAUCUCAGCCCCUAUCUGUUCGUUCUCCCUUCCCCACUCACUUCCAACGGAAGGCUGAGAGAGUUCUUCUUGCAGAUGGGAGUUUCCGACACGUUGGGGGAUGAACAUGUCGUCAGGGUGUUGCACGACAUCCAACAGGAAUGUGGGGACGGAGAAUCCCUGUCACAGUCACAACUAGACUUUUGCAUAAAAAUCAUCAACUUUCUGACGAAAAACUGCUCUAAAGUAUGCACUACAGAGGGUCUGUUAGUUCCAACACAAGACAACGAUGGAGAGACUAGACUCGCGCCUCCUGAAGACUGUAUGUACUGUGAAAGCGACUGGCUGCGUGAAGAGGGACUCGACUAUAAAAUGGGCCGAUCCUUUCGAACUCUACACCAAAGUAUUUCUCCCAAGAUGGCUAAACUGCUGGGAAUUCCAUCUCUGACACACAGACUCGUUCAACCUACAGCUCUUGGACCAGGAAUGCAACUCUUCGGACAGAAGGAACCGAUCACAAGGCGACUCAAGACGAUCAUAGACGAGUACAAAGAAGGUCCUGGGAUCUUUUACGAGCUUAUCCAGAAUGCCGACGAUGCAGGUGCAACUGAAGUGAAGUUUGCCGUGGACUGGAGGCAAAACACGCAAGUAAGAAAGUCAUUGCUGUCUCCUGGCAUGGCCGCUUGUCAAGGCCCCGCACUCUGGGCUUACAACAACAAGGUCUUCACAGACGAAGACAUACAGAACAUCACGGAGAUUUCUGGAGCGACGAAGAAAACAGACACCAACAAAAUUGGCAGGUUUGGCUUGGGAUUCAACUCAGUCUACCACAUGACGGACGUGCCAAGCUUCGUCAGUAGACACUAUUUCGUCUGCUUCGAUCCGCACACAACACAUCUGGCACCAAUGGUCAAUCGUCUUGAACCAGGGAUGAAGAUUGAAUGGAAUCGGGAGGAAAUACAAAACAUCUACACUGAUCAGUUCAAGCCUUACGAUGGCAUAUUUGGUUGCAACAUCUUCAACUCUGACACGCCCUACCCAGCAACGCUAUUUCGCUUCCCUUUCCGUACUAAGCAAGAGGCCCAAAAUAGCGAAAUCAGCAGCACGGUGUACGACCGUAACAGAGUGUCUCGGCUUUUGACCCACUUCGCUCAGAAUCUCGACACUCUCCUGCUCUUCACCCAACAUGUUCGCUCUGUGACAGUGAUUGAAAUGGAUGAAAAGGGGAGAUACAAUGAAUUGAUGCAUGUUAAGAGCAAACUCAAGCCACUGAUAGAGGAACUGGUACCACGUGGGACUGAAGAUCAACCACUCGGCCUCCUGCAAACAGCAUCAUCGUACAUGGAAGGACAACGGAAGAAACAUCCCCCAGAAAUUCCGUCAAUGCUAAAUGAAAUCGUCAUCAACAGAAGAUCGGUGAUAGAAACAGACACAAGUAUAACCAGAAGGUGGCUAGUAUCCUCCUGUAUUGGAUCAGCUGAGUCCCUCAGUAUGGCUAAAACUAAACAGGGCAGAGCGAAUGGACUGCUACCUUGCGCAAGUGUUGCAGCAUACCUCAUUACAGACACGAAUCUUCCAAAGGCGGUUGUUGGAAACGCUUUCUGUUUCCUCCCUCUUCCAGAAUGCACGGGUCUGCCCGUACACGUGAAUGCUCCGUUUGCUAUAUUCUCUAACCGACAAGGAAUCUGUAAAACAUCUGGUUCGGGUAUUGAGCAGUCACUGGAAGUGGAGUGGAAUACGUGUCUGCUACGUGACGCUAUCCCCACAGCGUAUCUUACCCUUCUUCAACACCUUGCACUGCUCCAAGAGAGUUCUGGAGCACUCAUCAGUGAUCCGUUCUGCAUAUGGCCAAACCCGUCAAGAGUUCAUGAUCCCUUGUUUCGAGAUAACCUCGUCCCUUGCUUCUAUGAGAAGGUCGUGGCCUCACCAUCACCACCGAACGUCUUAUUAUCCUUGGACCAGAACUGGAUCUCCAUACAAGAGGCCACCUUCUUGUAUCCUUCUAUCAGAGAAAGUAAGAUUGGUGCUGAAGCCCGAGACAUACUUUGCAUUUGGAUAGGUCAACAGUUAACAGUACAGGAGGAAGUAGUUGACCUGCCUAAGUGGGUGUUUGAAGGCUUUCUUACGUGCGAGGACUCUGGACAAGUUGUCGAGGGAAGGGCACUCAGCUUGGAUACAUUGUUCAAGGACGUUUUCUGUCCGGCAGUGAAUCAAGGUUACCUGGAGGAUCACAGGUCGACCCUAGACAGAUUCGUUCUCUAUUUACUUGAUGAAGUCUUUGAUGAACUCUCAGCCGGAGGAACCAUAUCGUACUCCUCUUUACAAGACCUACCUUGUGUGCCGACCUCACCACAAGGUGCCUUACUGCGCUGCCCAAGUGAACUGGUACACCCUACAGGUACAGUUGCCACACUUUUCUACGAAGAUGACCACAGGUUUCCGUAUGGCAAAGAGUUGAAUAAACGAAAGAGAAUGGAUUCUCUUGUGCAACUGGGGAUGAUGAAGGAAUCUCUCCCCUGGGAACUGUUGUUGGAACGAGCAACAUCUUGUCAGACGUUGUAUCUGGAAGACCCUAAUAAAGCCCUGAACAGAAUGUCGUUCCUCUACAAAUUCGUAGAUAGUACGCCUGCCCUGUGCAGAGACAAGGCGAAUAUGGUACGUCUUGCAAGGAUCGCUGUCAAGCAUCUACUGAUGGUCGCACAGAAACCACCAGACGAUGAGAACAGUACAGAAAUACUUCCGGACUUCUGCCAUGCGAUCUAUUCUCUUCUUCAAAGAACCGCCUGCACAACGAGAACAGUCAAAGGGAAAGACGGCCGGACGUUUGAGAAAUGGUCUUUCAGCGAUGAUGUUGUACGAAACACGCUCAUCAACAGUGAAAACAUAACCCCCUUUGUCUACACCUCCAGGGGGUUUGUUACGCCAAGAGAACUCGCCUUUGAAAAUCAUGGACGAGUUAUGAAAACGCUCGGCGUUGUGCCCAAGGAACUUCAACCUUACAGGGAUUUCCUUCGCUGCUGUGGGGUGAGAAGGUUUUUUGAGGCCAAAGACUUUGUAGUCGCUCUAGAGAACAUGGCAUCCACAUAUGGUUCCCACCCUCUUAGCCAAUCCGACCUAGAGGAUUCACUGGCUCUUGCUGAUAAUCUUGAAAGAGAACAUUGGAGGCUUGUAAGUGCAUACUUUUCUGGCGUCCAAAUGCCAUUGGACAGAGUCUUCUUGCCGGAUCGUGAGGGGACUCUUCGACUGGUCUCUCAGCUUGCAUACAACGAUGCCCGUUGGCUACCAGAAGACCCAUCUAUUCCCUACUAUGUUCACGAUAACAUUCCGUUUAAACUAGCUGUUAAGUUCUUCGGAGUGAAGACGGUGAGAUCUCAGCUUGUAGACCAAACAGCUGGGGACUUCUGUGACAUUGGACAAGAUUUCGGUCAAGGUGAGGAGCUGACCGACAGAAUCAAGGGCAUUUUGGAAUCAUAUUCCACAGGAAUUGAUAUCUUCAAAGAACUGCUUCAGAAUGCAGACGAUGCAGGAGCAACUGAAGUCAAGUUCAUAUACGACACAAGGUGUCAUUCAGACAAGAAGAUCUUCGACAAAGAAUGGAAGUACCUACAAGGCCCAUCUUUGCUUGUGUAUAACAACAGAACGUUCAGCCAGAGUGACAUCGACGCCAUCCAGAAAAUCGGAAGGGGAAACAAACAAGAGAAAGGUUCCACCAUAGGGCAGUUUGGCGUCGGCUUCAACGCCGUGUAUCAUCUCACAGACUGUCCUUCGUUCAUCACGGACUCCGAAACGAUGUGCAUAUUUGAUCCGCACGCUAGGUAUGUUCCUGGAGCUACAAUGAGAAGACCAGGGCGGCUGAUCCCCAUGGAAACCUUGGAGGAAAAGUUUCCAGACGUCCUGAAGACAUUUUUCGUGCCAAAUGAAGAGGCUCCUUUGGAAGGGUCUACUCUCUUCCGCUUCCCUCUACGGACAGAGCAAAUGCCAUCAAGCAAAAUCACAGAUAAAACGUUUACCCCGACCGAAAUCUAUUCCAUGAUGACUUUAUUUUGGAAGGAAGCUAACCAGGCUAUCUUGUUUCUCAAUAAUGUCGAGAAGGUUUCCUUUGCCUCCAUCGAGAUGCAAACAAGGGAAUACUACAUUGAACACUAUGUUGUCAGAAAAGUGCUGAACGAGACGACAAAGGCAAAGCGAGGUGCGAUUGCAAAUCACGUCCAAGGACAACUGGCGCAUGGUCAAGGGGCAGAUAGUACACAUGACAUUCUGUCCAUUUCACCAAUACAGAAAAGUCACCAAGUUGUCAUUGAGAAGACGUAUGCCAGGGAUGUGUCAGUCAGUAGGUGGCUUAUUUCUGAGAGAGUGGGAUUUGACAAGCGACCAGACCUCCAUGCAGAAGAGCUGUCAUUCGCCCGAUUAAAGUGCAUUAUGCCACGUGUAGCUGUUGCGGCUUCGCUUGAGGAGACCAUAUCAGGCAGACCACAGGCCCCCUUCGUCUUACCAAGUAGUACCAAAUUCCGCGGUAAAGCGUUCUGUUACCUUCCUUUACCAACACCUACGACGUGUCUUCCAGUUCAUGUCAACGGUCACUUUGCCCUAGAUUCAUCCAGGAGAAACCUAGCAAGCAGUGGUCUUCAUGGGAUGUGGAACGAGCUGUUGAAGACGCAGCUGUUGGCACCGGCUUACGUUAGCUUACUGGUAGCUGCCAAAGAGGAGUUGCUGUCACCAACGUCGCAUGAGGGAUUCAACCUAAACCAGUACUGUUCACUUUUCCCGACGGUGAACAAGGAUGCAGAUCCUGCUUCGUUCAACGCUCUAGCUGCUGAACUGUACCGCAUCAUCGCAAGCAAAGAUGAAAAUCUUUUGCCCGUAGUUGUCGAGAAGGACCGGUCUGUAUACUUUCAAAGCCCCAGUGGUUGUUUGUUCGAAGAUGAAAGAGACAGUGACAUUGAGGCCGAAAGUCCAGGUGAAGCGCAAAGCCAUGCCGCCAAGAAGGUUCUAUUAUCCAUUGGGUGCAAUGUUGUAGAAACUGAAUACAUGGGCAGCGUCUACACACACUUCCUACACGCCGGAAGCCCCGUCAAACAGUUCUCGCCGUCUUCAGUUAUCCAAUGGUUGCGGGCACAAAACCUUCCAGACUUGCAAGUUUUGAAUAUCUUGGAGAAACUGCAAUGUCCGUUUGUAAAUGAUUGUCUUCUGGGGGGAGGACUGACCAUAGUACAUCGCAGCCUCGCAUCACCAACUAGUAGUGAAGACGUGCUAACCGUGCUCGAAGGUGUCAUGAAAGAGGGGCACAAUCUGGAAGGGAUUUUGAAGGAGCAGGAGAGCUCUUAUUUACUCGUACAUAUUCAGAGAGACAUUGAACACCUCAGUCCUAAAUCGGUUGACAUUCUUAAGAGCCUUCCUGUCUUCCAAACCUUGGACGGUGCACAAAGAAGUCUCCGUGGUUUCGAGGAGGUACUUGUGUUGGACACUAAUGCACAAGCCGGUCCAUUCAUGAUCAAUGCUCUUCUAAUGUACACAGGAUGUAUCGUUUUGAGACGCAAUGAGACCUUGUUCUCGCUGUACAAAGCGGUGGGGGUGGAGACAGUUAGCCAAGUAACACUGCAUGUCAAGUACAUUCUUCCUAAUUUCUCUCUCUUGAGGACAUCUGAACAGCGCUUGUUCUACAUUUCUUACAUCAAAGACCAUGUAUUGCCUUUCCUCGCGCCUGCAAGCCCAGAAAGGAUACAGCUGCUACAGAAACUACGUUCCACAGCGUUCAUCCCAAACGUUGACGGGGAACUGGUCACAGCUGAUCAGUUUUACAGCCCACGUGAGCCAUUGUUUGUUGUAGCCAAGGAUCACGUGAACUUCAUUGAAUUCCCCCCAAGGCCAUUCUGUGAUGAGACCUGGAUAGAGUUCCUGCAGGAAGUCGGUUUACACACCAUGAUGGAACCACAUCGCUUUGUACAGUGCACUGGAACUGUGGAAGAGCAGUUACAUGGAGGGUGGGCUGCAGAAAGCACAAGUCUUGAGCAACUGGCCAAGGAUCUUGUAACAUACCUGUUUGAACAUGAGAAUGACCUCCAAUCUGUGCUUGAAGAGGUAUCAGAGACAUGUUUCAUCCCGUGUCACCGUAUAUCCCAGCACCUGAUGGAUAUUCACCCAAGUGUGGAUGUGGACCCCGUCUGUUUCCGUGGCUCGGUUACAUCUGAUCACGAAUCCUUAAUCUGGACAACAUCCCUGGCUCUUCCGGAGUGGGCGAGCCCUCCCACUGAUGAACUAAAGGAACUGCUGAGCGUACAGGACAACCCACCACUGGAUGAUGUUCUCGACAACUGUAUGAACAUCUGUUAUGGGGUAGAGGAUGGAGAUGUUGAUGGCAAUGUCCUUAGGGUCAUGCAGAAAAUUUACCACUUCUUGCAAGAGUCUUGCAAAGAGUCUUCAUGCCAUUGCUUUGAAGACAAGGGGCUGCUUCCUGGAGAAGGUUGUGACAAUUGCCAGCUUAUCAGCAGGACACUUAGUUCUGUCCCGUGUGUCCUUGUCGAAGUGGGUUCCCAUAUCCGGUUAAGUGAUGGAGCGAAAGUUGUUUUCGAAAUGAGCCAUGAAGACAAAGCCAUCUUUGAUGGAUAUCUCUUCCGUCUCCACAGAAAGUUGGCCGCGCACGAGGCUUUGUUCGGAUGUCUAGGAGCUACAGAGAGCAUAACACUAGCAAAGUAUGCACUCGUUCUAAGUGAACUUGCAAACUCAGAUACUUUUCUUGAUGAAGACACCCUGCCAUGGAAGGCUGCUUGUAAAGCAGUUGCACGUAUCGUCGAGCUAUCGUGUGGAGAAAAUGGGCCUGAACAGUGGCAUGAGUUCGUAUCUCAAACAACCGAUCCAAUACUUUAUCUUCCAACUCAUCUGAACACCUUAGUGCCAUCACAAGACAUAGUCAUAAUCGAAGGCAAGGGGUUUGAUCCCAGUACCACGGAGAAUCUUAACAAUAACGUUCUCACACCUUGGCUAACGUUGUCUCGAACGGCUGUGGAGUCUAUCCCUGAAGACUUUCGCCCAGUCUUCUUGAGUGACAUCACCGAGGAAAAGUUCUCUGAAAGCUCUUCCCUGUGUGAGGACGGAGCACAAUGUGCCUUCCGCGCUUUUUACGCCAAGACUUUCCUAGAUGAGCAGUUUUGCCGUUUAUUGGCACUUGCUAUUUCAGUCAGAGGGAAAUGCAUCGACAAAAGUGGAUUAAUCCCCGAGGUUCGUUCUAGGCUUGCUGGUGUAGAGUUGCACUGCUACAGAACUAUAGAACUGCAGCGGUUAGACCGAGAGAAUCUUGACUCCCUGUCAGACAAAGGGAAAGAACUGCAAGCGUAUCUUUCAGUGAAGUCUACAGCUGAAGGCUCAAGUUGUGUUAACAUAUACUUGAAGCACAAUGCCAUUUUCGGAGGUAACGCUAACAUCCUUGCUUUCAGUUUCCAACUUGCAAAGGCGCUUUGUGAUUUGUUCAAGGAGUACGAUAUGGACCUUGAGAGUGUUGUGGAAGAAGUCAUGAAGAUCCAGCCAACAACAGACACUCUCCAAAGAACACGACGUAGCGUAGACCUGGGUUCUCCUUGUAACGAAUCUCGUGUAAGUCACAGGCCAGACAUAGAAUUUGAGGAGGGCGAAAUUGUUGCCUAUCGACUCCCUAACGCCGGCCAACAAGAGCAGGCUUUCCAUGCCGUCUUCGCAAAAGUUGUAAAAGAGGAAAAGAUAGACGAGCUGGACAACAAAGAAGAGGGAGACGAAUUGAAAGCCAUCACCUCAGGCCAAGAAGUAGCCCUGCUACAAACCAAUAUGAGUCUAGAUUUUGAACGUGUCUUCGAAAUACACUUACAUGAUGAUGAUGAAAUCAUGCUAGUGAAAGUUACCGACUUGUACAAAAUCGGCGAGGACCAGGCAGUUCAGAUUAUGCCCGAGCCGGAGGCCGCUUUUCAGCAUGUGACACAAGUUCUAGAGGAGGCUUGGGACUUGGAAGAAGACGACCAUAUGAGGGUUGUAGGUCGACUGUUUCUGUACUGGCAUCCAAAGUCGAAUCAGAGUGAUGAAGACUUUGCUCAGCGAGUGAUUGAACACAUCAGGAGUGAAAUCAGAAGAUUUCUUAGAGAGGAUGAAGAGUCAUCAUCUCUAUCCGGUGCCUGCAGCGCAGUCGACCACAAGUCGUCGUAUCAUGGAGGACACGGAGUCAGUCGCAAUGGUAGCAAUGACCUUCAUGAUGUGUACAUAAACGAAAGAGGUCCAGGUCCUCUUUCGUUUACACCCGGUCCUCUUUCGAUUACGCACACAUCAUCAAGUCAAUUGCUACCGUCACCGGGAUACCAGGGAACCCGUAGACCAAGGGGUUUCCACUCAAGACGGCGGUCGGUACGUAAGAUGACUGGCAGAAGUAGUCACCUGUUUCUUAUUGUUCAACAUCAAGACGUGCCAAAAGGCAAGCGAAAGUCACAUAACAGGAAGCUGUGUGACUCGGACUAUGAUGAAAUGUUCAGUCAGCUUGAAGAUCUCAUCAUUGGUCAACGAACUCACGAUGAUGAAGGUCGCGUGCUUGAAUUCAGAGGUUUCGCUCGAUUAAACUCUCUGGACACAACGGACAGUGCUGGGUCACAGCGAGACGUUAUAGCAAGGACGUUAUAUCCAGAUCACGAAUGA